AUGGAGACUGCAUAUACUGCCAACAUCAUUAUCCUUGGAGCUCCGGCUUCGGGGAAGAAGAGUUUCAUAAGAAGGUAUUGCGAAGACAUCUUUACAAAUCUCUACGAUCCCAUCACCGAAACAUCUGGGGACCGCCGCCUAGCCAAUAUCUCGGGCAUCGCAACGCUCAUCAAUCUUGAGCGCAUCCCGUCGACAUUUGUCCAAUCCGCAUCCGAAGCCCGCCGCAUAGAAGCCGAAGCAGACGCCUUGAUCCUGCUAUACGACGGCUCCUUGCCGGAGAGUUUGGAAGAGCUUCGGCGCAUGCAGCUCAAGGUGCUAGCUCCGGAAGUGAGAGAAGGAGACGAAGCGCCGCCAAUCGCUGUGGUUGCGAGCAAGGCCGACCUCGCGGAGGCCGCGGACACGGGCACGGGCACGGCGUGGGAACAGGGGAUAGGAGAGGGGAGUGAGUUGGCGGUGCAAUUGGGGGCAAGAUUUGGGGUUACGUCGGCGCUUUGGGGUGACGGGGUUAAGGAUGUGGUGGAGGAGCUGGCGGCGAGGGUUUUGGAGAUGAAGGGAGUUGAGAAGGAGGUGUUGAUGGGAGCAGGAUCAUGA